UGCGCUCGGCGCGCGGCCAGCGCGGCUCCGCUCCCCGCUCCUCCUCCCGCCGGGCCCGCAGGGGACAGCGACACUCGCCAGGCGCCUCCGUCCCGGCGCUGCCCCGCGCCCCCAACGCUCGAUAAGCAGUUUCUGAGGACUGAAGUACCUGCCCAGGGAACACCUGCUCGUGAGGUGCUCAGGCAUGGCUGACCUGGACCACAACCUGAGCCUGGCGGACGCUCUGACGGAGCCGCCGCCCUCCGUGGAGGAGGAGGUGCAGAGGGACUUCAUCGCCUCGCUGGAGGCCGACAAGUUCGAGGACGUGGUCGGGGAGACCGUGGACAAGACAGACUACGUGCCCCUGCUGGAUGACGAGGACGGUGCCACGCCUGGCAGCCAGGAGCCCAAAAGCAAAGGCCACCUGGACGGAAUCCCCGCGGAACACUCUUCAGCCUCGGGGCCGAUGGUGGUGGAGAACGGCGACCACGGGCUGCAGGGCCACCACAGAGUAUUCCCAGGAGAAAUCAUGGAUGAGAAGAUGUCCUACAAGGAGUUCCUGGAUCGCAACGACUCCUGGUCAGCAGAGGAGAGGGACCUGUGCUUCAAACCCAUGGAUAUGGCUGACCCCUUCAGCAUGCACAGAGGGGAGAACCUGCCGGACCUGUCCUUCCCCACGGACAUGAAGAACGUGCCGCUGUUCCCGGGCCACGCCGACGCUGCCAGGGACAUCCUCGCUCCACAUGGAUCCAUGAUGGGACCUGAACAACCUUUCCUGGGAUCCCUGUAUUCCCCUGCAGAGGCUCUGGACCCAUCAGCCUUCAUUGGCCUCGACUCAGGCCCAGAAUUCCUGCCAGGAAAAGCAGCCCCUGAAGAAUACUGGAUGGGAGCUCAGCAGGACAUGAAGGGACCAGAUACCUCUUUCUUUGUUGAGCCACCAGUGCCCCCCGCAGCCACAGAAGCCAUCAGGACGAGCCUGCCUGAGAGCCCCACGGCAGCAGCAGCCCCUGGAAACGUUCCUGCUGCAGCCUCAGCACUCCCAGGAGAGGCUGCAGCCACGGAUGGACCAAAGGCUGCAGCUCCAGGUGCAGCCUCUGUUCCUGCCACCGACGCCGCGUCCCUUCCCGCAGAGAAGGCCGGGGCUGUCCCUGCUGGAGACACCAAACCUCCCCAGAGCCCUGCAGCAGCAGCCAACCCUUUCCAGGCCACAGAUGGGGGCUUUUCCCCUGCACCUGAAGCCAGCCCUGCCAAAGGGGUCAAUGAUGUGUCCACCCCGGGGACAGAGCUCGGCUUCGCCCCGGCAGCAGAUGCUGGAUCCCACCAUGGGGUGGAUUUAGGGUUUGCUCCAGCAGCAGGUGUGGAGUCCCACCAGAACAUGGAUUUGGGGUUUGCUCCAGCAGCAGAUGUGGAGUCCCACCAGAACAUGGAUUUGGGAUUUGCCCCAGCAGCAGGUAUGGAGUCCCACCAAGCCAUGGAUUUUGGAUUUUCCCCAGCAGCAGGUGUGGAGUCCCACCAGGCCGUGGAUUUGGGGUUUGCUCCAGCAGCAGGUGUGGAAUCCCACCAGAACAUGGAUUUGGGGUUUGCCCCUGCAGCAGAUGUGGAAUCCCACCAGGCCAUGGAUUUGGGGUUUGCCCCGGCAGCAGAUGUGGAACCUCACCAUACCUUGGAUUUGGGAUUUGCUCCAGCAGCAGAUAACAAAGCUCAGGAUGUUAUGGGAUCUGAGUUUGGCCCAGCAGCACAAGUCAACCACCACCAUGGCCUGGAUUCUGGGUUUGCUCCUGCAGCUCCAGCCAAGCCUGGCCCUGCUGUGGAUGGUGGGAGCGUGGCAGUGGAAGCUCAGCCUGGCCCUGUAGCUGCCCCCAGGAUUGCUGUGUCUGGGGAGCUGCUGACAUCUGAGGCUGCCCUUCAGCAGGACAAGCCUCCUGCAGAAGCAACAGCGAAGUUGGAGGCAGAAUCCAAAGUCCCAGAAGUUUGUGUGGAUCACUCAGAGAAGAUGAAGGACGGGAAACCUCCCCCAAGCCCCCGGGAGGAGGAAAUUCCUGGGAAAACCAACCAGCAGCUGGAGGCAGCAGCUGAAGCAAAAGAAGCACUAGAAAACAGAGACCUUCCAGAAAAAUCUGCUCCUGCUGAGGAUGGUGAGACACAGAAGGAGGAGGCUGAGCACAACCAUGUCCAACAUGCAGAACCUCAGGAGGAGAAAACCCUGCAGGAGCCCACAGGUCUUCCCACUGCACAAGUCAGGCAAGCUCCCAAAUCCAGGGACCGUGGGUUUGGCAGAGCAAAACCUGCCCCAGUGCCUCUCACAGAUGUGCCAGAGGAGCAUCCCGUAGGUCUCCCACAGCAGAAGAGUCCUGAGCCCAGAGCAGACCCCUGUUCCACAGUGGAGCUUGGCUGUGGUGCUGGAGCAUCCCCUCGCUUUAGGGUUCCUCACAAAAAGGCCACCAAUGUCCCCACGGAGCCUCUGGAGAGCUGCAGAGAUCCCCCCCAGGAAAGCUGGGAUUUGGAAGGUGCCAUGGUGAAGAAAAAGAAAAAGAAACCAAAGCAAAGGAGAAACCAGCUGCCACGAGGGAUGGAGUUCUGGGAUGAGAACGGAACCUCCAGAGGUGCCAGGAGCGCUCCCUUUGGGGUGGAGUGGCAGAACCCAGACACGUGUCCCAGAACACCCUCAGGAAGCAGAGCCCUGGAUGUGCCACAGGAUGCUAAAGUAACAACUGGGGGUCAUAUCCUGGAGGAGCAAAACUCCUUCCCAGUGCCAGCCCCAGGACAGCAGGGCCCAAAAUCCGGUGUGCUGGAUGCCAGACCCAGGGAGGAGAUGGAAACAGAGAGAGGGAGAGGUGACAGCUGCGUGCUGCUGGGAUCUAAGGGCAAAAGCAAAGAGUUUCCCUCAGAGCACAUGGGCAAGACUGAGCUGGAGGAAUCUGCUGCAGCCAAGGGACCCACCAAGGCCACAGAGAGAGAUUUCCCCAAUAAAAAUGAGAAGAGGGAGGACAAAGAGUCAAAAGGUGCCGAGCUGAAGGUCAAUCUGAGCAAAGCAGAAGCUCCCUUACAGACCAGCCCUUUGGAAUUGCCCCUUUGCCAUAAAAACAAGGAGCCCCAAACCCCAUCUCCAGGGCAGGAAGCACCCGGUGACUCCGUCCGUCAGCCUUCCCUGGAAACAGCAGCCAAGAAAAGCUGGGAAAAAAGCAAAGGGCUUGAAAGGGAAUCCCUCAAACAGCCUCACCUGGAGGCUGCAGCCAUGGAGGAAAAGCUCCCUACAGAGCCAAAGGCAGCUGGAGAAAGUCAGAGAGGGUCAGAGGGAGGACUGAGGAGCCCAGCAGCUCCUGGAGCUCCUGUUCCAGUUUCACCAAAAGCUGGGCAAGUUCCAGCUGGGCAGGGCAGAGGAGCCCAGGGUGCUCCCAGACAUCCCAGCCCUGGCCAGGCAGAGGGCAGGGGGCUGGCAGCAGAUCCCCCAGACCCAAACCAAGGGAAAGGAGUCACUGCUUCUGAGCAGCAGGCUGGGAAAGAUCCCAGCCUGACACACGGGAUGGACAGGCCUAAAAAAAAGCGCAGCGAAGGGAAAGGCAAAAGAAUGAAAAGCUGCUGGGAGCAGAUGAUGCUCUCAGAGGAUGGAGGCAAAUUCACUGAAGGAGGGAGGACAGAUGAGGCUGGAAAGGAAACAAUUUGUUCUGAAAAUGGCCAGGGUGUUCCUGCCAGAGGACACCCACCAGGCAGUGCUGCACAGGCCUGUCCUGCAGACAAGCCCAAAAAAAGAGGCAGCGAUGGAAGGAGCAAAAAAGGGGAAAGGAGCUUUUUCCAGCAGCCUUUCCUUGAGAAUAAGGUGGACUCGGAGAGUUUUCCUGAGGCAGCUGAUAAGGUGAAGGAGGGCAGUGAUAAGGGCAGAGAGCAGGGCUGUGUCCCUGCUGGGGGCUUGCAGGAAAAUGCAGCUAAAAUGCAAAGGCCAAUUGAGCUGGGACCAGAGAAACCGAAAGAAAAUGUUGGGAAUGGUGAAACAGCUGGUUUGGGAGGUUUAGACCAAGCUUUGCUGCUGGAGAAGAGCAGAGAGGGAGCCAAAAUUCCUGCUGCUCCUCUGGCUGCCACCAUCAGCCCCUCAGAACAGGUGGGUUUGGCUGGGAAAGGCAGGGAAGCUGGAGGUGCUGGGCUCUGCUCGGAUGUGCCGGUGCUGGCAGAGAAACCCAGGAAGAGGAGCAGUGAUGGGAGAAGGAAACAGCCUGAGAAAAGCCCCUCUGGGCAGGCAGCAGUCCUGGGGGCUGGGGGAGAAGCCAGGCAGGAGCAGGUGGCUGGAGGCAGGAAGGAAAUGAGCUUGGCUAAGGAGAAGGGCUCUGGUUUGCAAAGAGACAGGCUGGAGGAGGAGCUGGGGAAGCCCAAAAUCCAGGGUGGCACUGGGAGCUUCUCUGAGCAGCCAAAUCUUUCAGGCCAUAAAGCAGAGACUUCAGAGCCAGAAAUAAAGAAAGGAAACUUGGACACUAAGGAAACUUGGCCUGUGAAUAAAGGGAAGGAAGCAGAUAAAUCCCAGCCUCUCCCAGAGCACAGGGCAGGGAUGCACAGUCCCACCAGGGAACUGGGCACGGACAAGCCCAAGGGUAAAAGCAGAGAUGGGAAAGGCAAAAGGGCUGAGCACAGUCCUGAGCUGCAGCCAGGUGACAUCUCUGCAGUGGGACAUGUUCAACAAACCCAGUCUGAGGAGGGCAAAGAGAAUUCCAGGAGUCCAGAGGUGCUGCUGGGUCACCUGCCUGAUCCUGCCAAGGUACAGGCUCCUGCUUUGCCUCUGGAGCCAGGGAAGGCACAUGCAGGUGGUGAAGAGAAACACAAAAAUGGGGAGCCUGACCCACAGCAGGAGCAUAAAGCAGGAGCAGGGGUGUUCCCUCCUGCUGGCCUGGAGAUCAGGGACAAACCUGAGGCAGGAGGUGUCAGUCCUUGCAGCAGGAAUAAAAAUCCUAUUCCAGAGCAUCCAGCAGUGUCAGAUCCCAGCCUGGCCCCAGUCACUGAGAGAUCUAAAAAGAGGGGCUAUGAUGGAAGCAGUAAAAAGGCUAAAAAUGCCUCCAGGCAGCCUGUUCCUCUAGAGGCAGAACCAGACAGGAGUGAAGCACAGCCUGCUGUAGGAUCUGGGCUGGAAGGUGGGGUGGAAGACACAGAUCUCGUAGAUGAAAACAGAAACAUUAAAAACUUUCCCACUGGCCCUCAAAAACUUUGGAAUAAUAAAGGAAGUGACUUCAAAUCCAUGUCUCAGACCCCAGCAAGUGGCCCUGGUGAUGGGGGUGAUGCUCCCUGUGGCCUCCCAAAGCAGGGAGAGCAGGGUGCAGGGACUGGGGGCCUUCCUCCUCAUCCUCCUCCUCCUCCUCCUCUGGAAGCAGUGGCAGAGAAGAGCAGCAAAGAACUUGGACCUGGUGCUAAGAAGGAGAUUCAGACACAAAAAUCUCGUGAGCAGCCCAAAGAACCUGGAAAAGAGUUUUCCCAAAAAGAUGGGAAGAGCAGAGAGGCUGGUUCCCAGGGUGGCCAGCCCAAGGACAAAAGUCACCUUUGUCCCGUGGCAAAGGUGAAUGAUAAAGAAAUCAAACCCACUAAUAAAAAGCACAACACUGCCAAGGCUCCCUCAGAGCUUCCUCAGGAGGCAGCAGAUCCAAAACACAGAGCAGCCUCUGGAGCUGCUGAGGGGACAGGGGGACCAGGGGCCACUGUGUCAUGUGCAGAGGAGGGCACAGGGAGGUCCCCAACCCCUGCAGGGACACCUGGCAGCACAGGGGCUGGGGACAUGAGGAGUGAGCAGAACUCACCCCAACACCAGGGCACUGAGGCUGCUGGGACAGCUGCCCAAAGUACCCAAAAACAGCUCAAAGAGAACAAAAAAGGUUCCUGUCAGCCUGCAGAGGAGGGCCCUGCUCUCCUGAAGGGUGAUGCUCCUCGUGCUGGGGAGGUUCUCCUGAUGGACGCUCCGGUGUCAAAGUCUGAGGUGGAUAAACCUCAAGCCAAAACCAAAGAAAAGGAGUCUCAGGACACAAAUAAAGAAAGAGAAACUCAUGAAACAACUAGAGAAAAGAAAUCUCAAGAAAUAACCAAAGAGAGCGAAUCUCAAGAAGUAACUAAAGAAAAGGAGUCUCAGGACACAGAUAAAGAAAAACAAUCUCAAGAAAUAACCAAAGAAAAGGAAUCUCAGGACACAGCUAAACAAAAGGAAUCUCAAGAAAUAACUAAAGAAAAGGAGUCUCAGGACACAGCUAAACAAAAGGAAUCUCAAGAAGUAACUAAAGAAAAGGAGUCUCAGGACACAGCUAAACAAAAGGAAUCUCAAGAAAUAACUAAAGAAGAAUCUCAAGACACAGCCAAAGAAAAGGAAUCUCGAGCCUCAGCUAAACAGGCUGAAGAAGACCAUGAACAGAAAGCAGUGAAGGAGGCAAAGAAAGAGAGAGUGAAGGCAGCAGAGCAGCUCAAGGGCUACAUGAGACCCACCAAGGCCCGAGGGGGGCCAGCCCUGGUGCCAGCCCUGGUGCCAGCCCUGGCGGCCAGAGCCGUGCCCCGGCGGCCGGACAGAGCCAAGCCAGAGGAGGCCAAAGCAGCCGAGGCCGUGAGUGGGAACGACAUCACAGCUCCUCCCAACAAGGAGCUCCCUCCCAGCCCAGAGAAGAAGACCAAGCCUGCUGCAUCCACCUCCACUGCCAAGCCAGCGAAGGCCAAGCCCUCGGCCAGCACCAGCCCCAAGCGGCCGAGCUCGGCCACCCCGAGCACAAACAAAAAACCCACGAGCCCAACUGCAGCUCCUACUCCAGGCAGCACCUCCAAACGCCCCGGCACCAGCAGCACCCGUCCCUCCACCCUAACUCCAAAAGAGACUAAACCAAAGGUCACGGAUGCAAAGCCCACGGAGAAGAGGACCUCCCUCUCCAAGCCUCCAUCCUCCACCACUCCCAGGACUCCCUCCAGGAGCUCCUCUGCUGCUCCCCGGACCACGGCACCGUCACCAGUGACGGCAGCGGCCGCUGCCAAAACCACGGUGGCUGCUCCUGCCAAGAGGCCGAAUUCCAUCAAGACGGACACGAAGCCGGCAGAUGCCAAGAAAACCCCUGCAAAGUCUCCCACAGCAGAUUCCAGCCGCCCCAAGAGCGCUGCCGGCAGUGCCACCAAGAGCAGCGCCACCACUCCUUCCACCACGGCCUCCAGCGCUCCCAGCGCGCCCGGGGCGGCCGCCAGCCGGCCCAAACCCAAAACCACGGCCCCCAAAGCUGCCACGGCCUCCACGGUGUCAGCAGAUGCCAAGAGAGCCCCGGCCAAGGCCACGAGUGGCAAAGGUGCCACCACCACCACCACCACUGCCACCCGAGCGCCGCGCCCGGCCAGCGCCGCCGGGCCCGACCUGCGCAACGUGCGCUCCAAGAUCGGCUCCACCGACAACAUCAAGCACCAGCCCGGCGGGGGCAAGGGGAAAAUAGAGAAAAGGCCAGAGUCAGCCGCCGCCGCGCCCAGCUCUGAGCCCAGCGCGGGCACUAAAGUGGCUCCUAAAGUGGCAGCAAAAGAGGGGGUCCCCAAACAGCCCAAUGGGAAAGUCCAGAUAGUCUCCAAAAAAGCGAACUACAGCCAUGUUCAGUCCAAGUGUGGUUCCAAGGACAAUAUUAAGCAUGUCCCUGGAGGUGGGAAUGUGCAGAUCCAGAACAAGAAAGUCGACCUUUCCAAAGUGUCCUCCAAGUGUGGAUCUAAAGCAAAUAUCAAGCAUAAGCCAGGGGGAGGAGACGUCAAAAUCGAGAACCAGAAGCUGAACUUCAAGGAGAAGGCCCAGGCCAAGGUGGGAUCUCUGGACAACGUGGGACACUCGCCGGCCGGAGGAGCUGUCAAGGCGGAGGGCGGCGCGGAGCCGGCGCAGCUCCCGCCGCAGAACGGAGCGGGGCCGGGCCCGCUGCGGGAGAACGGCGUGGGACCGGCCCCGGCCGAGCAAAGGGAAAUGCAGAGCCUCGACACCCACAUCCAAGAAACAAGCAUCUAAUGAUGACAUUAUGGUAUCGUCUUCCAUUCCCCUCCUGUCCCUUGUCUCCUCCUCUCCCCGCGUCCCCUUGUCCCCUGCCCUUGUGUCGCUGCAGAUUGAGUCUCCCAAGUGACGUUCCGUGCGAAGGCCAAGGCUCGAACGGACCACGGAGCUGAAAUCGUCGUCUCCAAACCCCCGACCCUUUCCAGCAGCACCCGCCCCCGGCGCAGCACCUCGGCCAGCGCCAGCCCGGCCUCUGCCUCCCCAUCACCAUCACCACCGGCCGUGCCCUCCCAGCAAGGCUUGUGACCCGGCCCCGCUCCACCGGGACCAGCUUGGCUCUCUUAACCCGGCCCUGCCUUGGGUGGGAAGGGGACGAUGUUCCGCGGGCCGGGGUCCCUCCGUGCCGGGUCUGGGCCGUGGGUGCGCCGGGGCCGGGCCGAGUUAACAGGGAUAAGCUGUGAUCUUUAAUUCUGGCUCUUUUUUUAACCCCCUUCCCUCCUCGCCGCUUCAGUUCUGCCGCCUGUGGGAUGCCGAUAAAUCCCCUCCACACUCGUUAGGCUGUUUUAACUGUUGACUUGAACCUUUUAUUCUUUGUGACGAAGUGUUGAUGAAUUAUCGUGUUCGAACCCGCGCUAAGUUUCCUUUUCUCUUUCCUUCUUUUCCGACCCGUAGGAGAGUAGGGACAUUUAACCGCUGCUGCCGUGCCGGCUUCUUACUGACAUAUCCAGCCGUUGUAACUUCUUUGUUGUUGUUUGGGGUUUUUUCUUUUUAAUAUUUUAAAACGAUGGAGCGAGUUCAUGGGAUUAAGCCAUGUCCGGAAGGAAAGGCACAGGAAUGUGUAAAGGGCAAACUUUGCUGUGAGAGCUCAGGUGGAGCCUGUGUUGACCUGGAGAUGCGUUAAUUGAUGCUGGAGAUGUGUUAAUUGAUGCUCGCGAGCCCUCCCGGGGUGCCUUCUGCCGGGGUGGUUUAUUUAUUACCGGCGCGGCCGAGCUCUGGGAUUUCUCCCGUUUUUCCAGAGCAGGGGCAGGAGGGCAGGGCCGGGAGUUGUGAGGCUGCAGCAGGUCCGUGGGGGUGUGGGGAUUGUCUGGGGCGUGUGGGGGGUUUUUGGGGUGAUGGAUGGGGGACCCGAGCGAGCGCCGGGAUGAGCAGGGACAGCGGGACAGGGAAGGGCAGCGCUCAGCUCAUCCCGGGGCAGCGGGGCAGGGUCGGUGCCAGGGAGUUGCAGCUCUGACUAGGAAGGAGAUGUAACCACUCUUGGAGCUCCUCGUUUCAAAUGACACUAAAGAAACAAAAUGUAAAUAAAUUGAAACAAAACAAAACGAAAGUGUUCUUGGGUGGUCAAACUAAUUUAAAGAAUAAAAAAAAAACAAAAAGCAAAAAAAAAAAAGCAAGCAGAAUAAGAAAACACUGGGAUCAAAGAGAACUGAACCAGGCGUGUGCUAAGGGGGGCUGCUCCAGGAGGGGACAGAGGGAAGCCUGCAGCUUCUCGUGCUUGUGGGAGUAUUUCUUUGGGAAGCCAACAACGACACGAUAACCCGGAAUCUGUAUUUACACACAAAGAUUCUUAUUGCACUUGUAUUUUUUAUAUUAAAGUUUGCAUGGUUUCUAAUAAAAUGGCAUUAAAAUGUACUAGUUUGCAUCAAAGUCGUCUGGUAGUUUCAUAAGUGCUUUUUCAUCUGAAUACAAAUUCAAACGAUGCAGAUUUGCACCUGAAAGGGGCGGUUAUAUAUACCCAGAGACCUCCCAGUGCUUCCCUUCCUCUUCUUCCUCUUCCUCCUCCUUUUCCUCUUCCUCCUCCCCACCUCUCCCUCCGCAUCCCUGUGAUCCCAGCCGGGGAAGGCGGCCGUGCCGUCGCUCCCUGCCCUCCCGGUGUGUCCCGGUGUGUUCCCGGAGCGGCCCCGCUCCCGGAGCCCUGCUCGGUCCCUGUGUGCCGGUAUAUAUCACUGCCCGCCCGUGACGCUUCCUUCUUUCUUUACUGCUAAAUUCUCCACACCAGCUUCAGCUUGGCAGCCUCGCCUUUGCUUUGCUCGAUUCUUUUUCCAACACUUGAAUUGAGGGAAAAUUAGAAGGAGAGGAGAGGAGCAGGGUGAACCCCUCGGCAGGCCCGGGAGGCUGGAGCCUCCUGGUUCCCAGGCUGGAGCCUCCUGGUUCCCAGGCUGUGACCAGCCAGGGAGGCCUUGGCAGGGCUGGAGCCGAGCUCCAGGCUCCCAGGCCGGGCAGGGGCGCUGGGAGCAGGGUUUGUGUGCCGGGCAGCAGCCGGAGACAGCCGUGGGCUAACGAAGAGGAGGUGGAGGCUGAGAUGUCGAGUUCCUCUUGCUGCUCUUCCUGGGGCACCCCAGGCCUGUGGUGGCCUGGGAUGUCCCGGGAUGAGAUUCUCUGGGAUGUCCUGGGAUGAGAUUCCCGGGGUGCCCUGGGAUGAGAUUCCCUGGGAUGUCCCGGGAUGAAUGUCCUGGGAUGAGAUUCUCUGGGAUGUCCCGGGAUGAGAUUCCCUGGGAUGUCCCGGGAUGAGAUUCCCUGGGAUGUCCCGGGAUGAGAUUCUCUGGGAUGUCCUGGGAUGAGAUUCCCGGGGUGCCCCGGGAUGCGAUUCUCUGGGAUGUCCCGGGAUGAAAUUCCCUGGGAUGUUCCGGGAUAAGAUUCCCUGGGAUGUCCCGGGAUGAGAUUCCCUGGAGUGCCCCGGGAUGAGAUUCCCGGGGUGCCCCGGGAUGAGAUUCCCUGGGAUGUCCUGGGAUGAGAUUCCCUGGGAUGUCCCAGGAUGAGAUUCUCUGGGGUGCCCCAGGAUGAGAUGCCCAGGGUGCCCCGGGAUACGAUUCCCUGGGAUAUCCCGGGAUAAGAUUCCCUGGGAUGUCCCGGGAUGAGAUUCCCUGGGAUGUCCCGGGAUAAGAUUCUCUGGCAUGUCCCAGGAUAAGAUUCUCUGGGAUGUCCCAGGAUGCGAUUCCCUGGGAUGUCCCGGGAUGCGAUUCCCUGGAGUGCCCCGGGAUGCGAUUCCCUGGGAUGCCCCGGGAUGAGAUGCCCAGGGAUGUCCCAGGAUGAGUUUCCCGGGGUGCCCAGGCGAGGCCCCGGGCAAAGGGAGGCAGCCGGUCCCGGUUCAGGGACUGCAGGAGGAAGGCAAGUGGCAACAUUGCACUUUAUCUUCUGAGAUUGCAAAAAGCAAACGAGCCCUGCCCCGCUGCGAGGGGACAGUGGCAUCACCUUCUCCCUGCUUUUCUCCGAUUCCCGAUGAUUUCCUGAGCACCGGGCGGAGGUGGCUGCGUGCGGUGCCCAGGCUGUCCCUGCCCAAAGCCCGGCCCAGCCGAGCCCCCGGCCCGUGCUUCUGUGCCACUUCUCUAACACUUGUUGUGCCUGUGUUUAGCUGAUAACUAAAUCCAGAUACACUAGUUUGCCGUGGUGUUUCUAGGACAGCUUCAGUUCUAAUACGGAUUUCUUUUUUGAGUUUAUUUUGAGGAAGCGGCUGUACAUAUUGCUAGGCUGGGAAGGAGCCGUGUGUGGUGGGAAUGAUUUUAGUUUCCCGUCUGGAGAGGUGGGAUGAGCUGGGUACUGCUGAGACCUUAACGCUGCUGGGGAAGGGGCUGCGGGCGCGGUGGCUCCAUCGAGGGCUGGAGGCAGCAAAUCCGGGGGGGAAACAGGAGCUGAGCCCUGAAUGAGAUGCCAGUUGAAUGUACACGUUCCUGUCCCGGGCUUUGGCCGCACUGGGGGACUCUGGGCUGGGCAGGGGCUGAGCGGGGCUCCGGGCAGGACUCAGCAAAGGCUUCGCAGAGCUCGGGGCGAGCAGCGGCUGAGCCGCCCGAGGCCGGUGGGGAGGCGGCGGGGCCGGGGCAGGGCCGGGGGCGAGCCCGGUCCCGGCGGGGCUCCGCUUCGAGCCACCGAGUCCGGGCUCGAGGCCGCCCCAGCCGCAAACUGAAUGUAGCUUCCUCUGCUGUCCCCGCGUCGUGUCGGUGUCAGAGGGACCCCGGGACCCUCGCGUGUUCGUGUUUAGGCAGAAUUCCCGGUUCUUUCGGAGCUUGGUGGCGGUGGCGGCCUCGGGGGUGACGGGGCUCCCCUGAGGGCAGGGCCGAGUCCCUGCGGAGCCGCGGCACCUCCGGGCUGAGGGGAAAGUGAAAUGUCCCCAAGGCCCGGCACCUCCGGGCUCAGGGGAAAGUGAAAUGUCCCCAAGGCCCGGCACCUCCGGGCUGAGGGGAAAGUGAAAUGUCCGCAAGGCCCGGCACCUCCGGGCUGAGGGGAAAGUGAAAUGUCCCCGAGGCCCGGCACCUCCGGGCUGAGGGGAAAGUGAAAUAUCCCCAAGGCCCGGCACCUCCGGGCUCAGGGAAAUGUCCCCGAGGCCCGGCACCUCCGGGCUGAGGGGAAAGUGAAAUAUCCCCAAGGCCCGGCACCUCCGGGCUCAGGGAAAUGUCCCCGAGGCCCCAUGGCCGGCGGGUGGGGCGGAAGAGGCUCCAUGGAGCAGCAGCAGCACGGAAAGGGCUCUGAGGGGCUCCGGCUCCCCCCGCUCCCUCCCCGCACGGUCACCCACCAGCCCCGCUGUCCUCACCUGGCACCGAGCGCAGUGACCGGGGCGGGGGCUCGGCCCGGAGGGCGGUCCCGGCCCUCGGCUCCCUCCGUGCUCUCGGGAAGCCACUCAACCUCUCUGCCUCAGUUUCCCCAUCCGCAAAGGUGGGGGGGAUUCAAUUUUACCUCACCGGGCUGUUGUGAGGCGUGAGCAGCGCGUGACGUGUUCUCUAAAUGUGACGUGUUAUUAUUAUUUUGUGUCAUAGGAUUAUUCUGCAGGGCGUGCCCGAGGAGGGGGACUCCGCUGGGGAGGGGAGGUCAGUGCUCGGUGGGAGACAGCGGCCCGGGGGAGCCCAUCGGUUGUUUCUGCCUUUGUGUCUCCCCUCCCCGGGGGCUGUAAGAGCGUCGUCUCCUUAGCAACAUUUCCUGACUCGAUGUUGUGGUUCUUACUAUUGUAAAGGGUUGAAAUAAAGCUUCUAGAUGUUC